UGCGCUCUGCCAGGUCCUGUAAUCAGGGAUUUGAGGACUGAUGGUCCGCACGUGUCCACAGAGAGGGAGGAGACUGCUAAAGGAAGGAGGACUAGGCUUGGGAGGAUUUAGAUUCCAGUUUAAUCUGCAUUUCUUUUCAUUUUGUCUAUUUGAAGAAAAAAUAUAUAUGUAUAUAUAAAAUUACACACACACCCACACACACGCUCUCUCGCGCGCGCAGGAUCAAAUUGUUUUUUGGAUUUGGGAUAUUUUCAAUUUUCCCUUCCUAGACUAUCAUCAGCUCCCUCCCUAUUUCCCUCACCUCGCUAACCCAGCGCAGGUUGAAACUUUGCGGUGCACAGUCACUUCGUGCCCUUCAGGGAUGGCUCUGAGCUCUCGGGCGCACGCCUUCUCCGUGGAAGCCUUGGUGGGGAGAUCUGGCAAAAGAAAAUCUCAAGACCCAAGACAGGAGCCACAGUCAGAGCUGCAGGAGAAAGAGGGCGGAGAGGAAGAGGAGGAGAGAAGAAGCAGCGCUGCUGCUAAGAAGAAUGAGCAGCCGGAAAAACGACUCAAGACAGAAUCUUUAACAACUGCCUUCUCGGGAAAGGGCGAUGGCAACAGUCCUGAAAGUCUGGAAGAAAAGGAUGUUAUUCAAGUGGAACUUCAAGGAUCUGAGCUGUGGAAGAGAUUCCAUGACAUCGGGACUGAGAUGAUCAUUACCAAGGCCGGCAGGCGGAUGUUCCCUUCUGUUCGGGUCAAGGUGAAAGGGCUGGACCCAGGGAAGCAGUAUUAUGUUGCCAUAGAUGUGGUACCAGUGGAUUCCAAACGCUAUAGAUAUGUGUAUCACAGCUCUCAGUGGAUGGUAGCUGGGAAUACUGACCAUUCGUGCAUCACUCCCAGAUUCUAUGUCCACCCGGACUCCCCCUGCUCAGGAGAGACCUGGAUGCGGCAAAUCAUCAGCUUUGAUCGGGUGAAACUCACAAAUAAUGAGAUGGACGACAAAGGCCAUAUAAUUCUGCAGUCCAUGCAUAAAUACAAGCCCCGCGUGCAUGUGAUGGAGCAAGACAGCAGAGUUGACCUGUCCCGGAUUCAGUCCCUGCCAGCUGAAGGGGUUAAAACGUUCUCCUUUAAAGAAACUGAAUUCACCACAGUGACAGCUUACCAAAAUCAGCAGAUUACAAAACUUAAAAUAGACAGAAAUCCUUUUGCUAAAGGUUUUAGAGAUCCAGGAAGAAACAGGGGUGUAUUGGAUGGACUUUUAGAGACCUAUUCAUGGAGACCUUCUCUUACUCUGGAUUUUAAAAACUUUGGUGCAGACACACAAAGUGGAAGCAGUGGCUCUUCUCCAGUGACCUCUAGUGGAGGGGCUCCCUCCCCUUUGAGCUCCUUACUUUCUCCACCUUGCUCUCCACCUACAUUUCACUUACCUACAAGCUCCCUUGGAAUGACCUGUCCAGAGGCAUACCUACACAGUAUCAACCUGCCCCUUUGCUAUAAGAUUUGCCCAACUAAUUUUUGGCGACAGCAACCUCUUGUCUUACCUGCUUCUGAAAGGCUAGCAAGCAGCAACAGAUCUCAAUCUUUAGCCCCACUCAAGAUGGAAGUGCCCAUGUUAUCUUCUCUGGGGGUCACCAAUUCAAAAGGUGGUUCCUCUGAAGACUUCAAUGGGCAGUGUCUACAUGCACCUCAUUCUGCCAAUCAAAUGUUAUAUGGAUUGCAGGCAUCUGGAAAUAUGUUCCCACCAACCCCCAUCACUCAAGAGGUACUCAGUUGCUCUUUCCGCCCUUCCUAUGGCUUUUAUAGGUAUAACUUCUCUAUGCCAUCUAGACUGGUAAACGCUGCCAACCACCUCAAAGCAAGUGACAACAGUCAAGUCUCUUUCAGAGAAGGCAAAUGUAAUCAUGCUCAUUGGUAUCCAACAAUCAACCAUUGCCUUUAAUGGAACAAUCACAUUUUAAUACAAUUUCCAUGUAAGCACACAUUUUCUUUAUUUGUAACCAAAGAAAGGUCAACAUCUGUUAUGUUUUCAAAAACUUCAUUACCAGACAACUUUGCUUUGUUAUACAUUUAAAGUGCCUUAUCAAAUCUUUAUAAGACAAUGUUUAUGCAAAUGUGACCUAUAAUAAACUCUGAUUAUAGAAGCCUUGGGCCUCAAAAUAAGGUUCUCAGUAAAUAUUAUUUGAUAAAAUAUCCCAUCAGUGAAAAUUGUUGUCAGAUGGUAUGGUCUCCAAUUAUACAAUAGCCAGCUUACCAUGCCAUCUGCCAUUUGCAUAUUGAUAAUGACCAAUAGAAGAAUGGAAUUACUGUGAAAGUGUGAAACAGUUAUCUGUGAAGAUCGGCUGCAUUGUAUUUAUCUAGCUAGUUAUUAUAGAAGAAAUUUUAAUUGUUUGCUUUAUUUUGCUCUAUACCUUUAUACUAUGCUGUUGAAGAAAAUAUUAAUCUCAAUUUUGAAGUGCAAAUAAGGACAC